GACUCCAUGUUGUUCCGUCAGCCUCGGAGUGAACAAGUGCCCUGGCCGAAAACUCUCACGUUGCAACUCUGUGUGUGCGAGAAGUAAAGUGUGUGAGUGUGUUGACCCUCCGAAAGAAGAUGGCAGACUACCGGGACGACACCGGAGCUCGAGCCCUGCUUGCUUUACAGUCGGCGCCCUGCAGCCCCGUGCGCGUCGCGGUGACCUCGCACGCCUAUCACCAGCCCUCGCUCGCCCUCUUGGGUCCUCCGAUGAUGGAAGCCCGCACCGAUGCCGGGAUCCUUCCCGUGCGUCUCGCUUCUCCUCUAUCGCAGGCCCUGGCCAGGCUCGAGGGCCGGGACUUUGAGUUUGUCAUGCGCCAGAGGACGGUCACCAUAGGCCGGAACUCGUCUCACGGCUCCGUGGACAUCAACAUGGGCCACUCGAGCUUCAUUUCACGGCGACACCUGCAGAUCACCUACGACGAGGCGAAUGGUUUCUCCCUCCGGUGCCUGGGCAAGAACGGCGUGUUCGUGGAUGGGGUGUUCCAGCGCAGAGGGGCGCCGCCGCUGCCGCUGCCCAGAGAGUGUGUGUUUCGUUUUCCCAGCACAGUUAUUAAGAUCCAGUUUAUGUCACUCCUGGAGAUUGAGGAGCACAGAGAGAAGGAGCAGCCCUCUCCUCCCCCUCGCCAGCUUCUGCCACACAUUUCCCCUCUUAAAAUCAGCAUUCCCACAGUGCAGCAGCAUGAAGAGCACAUCAGGGCGUUUGGCUCGCCGCUGCCCUCGCCCACAGGCACCCUCAGUGUUCCUAACUCCUGUCCUGCCAGUCCACGUGGGGCAGGGUCAUCAGGGUAUCGCUAUGGACGUAACGUGACCUCCGACCUCCAGUUAGCAGCUGAAUAUGCUGCCAAGGCUGUUUCUGAGCAGAGACGAAGCAUUGCUGAGCAGAGAAGCGGGGGAAGUGAGCAGCGAGGGGAGUCAGCUGGUGGAGACAGCCCCAAGGAUGAGUCCAAGCCACCGUAUUCCUAUGCACAGCUGAUAGUCCAGGCCAUCUCUUCGGCUCCUGACAAACAGCUGACUCUCAGCGGCAUCUACGCCCACAUCACCAAACACUACCCCUACUAUCGCACUGCAGACAAGGGCUGGCAGAACUCAAUCAGACACAAUCUGUCUCUCAACCGCUACUUUCUGAAAGUGGCCCGCUCUCAGGACGAACCUGGGAAAGGAAGUUUUUGGCGCGUGGAUUCUGCCUCCGAGGCCAAGCUGGUGGAGCAAGCCUUCAGGAAACGACGGCAAAGAGGGGUUGCUUGCUUUAGGACGCCGUUUGGACCUCUGUCUUCAAGGAGUGCCCCUGCAUCCCCAACCCACCAGGGACUUCUUUCUCCUCCAUCCAGCGGGCUGCAGACCCCUGAAUGUCUGAGCAGGGAAGGCUCUCCUAUCCCCCACGACCACCAUGAACAGCUGGCUAGCAAACUUGCAUCUGUACCUGAGUAUAGGUAUUCUCAGAGCGCCCCAGGCUCUCCUGUUAGUGCUCAGCCGGUCAUCAUGGCUGCUCCCCCUCACCCAACAAUUCUGCCCUCAGGCCCGGGGAAAGCCCUCGCUUUAGUUCCAGGUGGCGGUGGCCAAGUCCAGCCCAUUCAUGUGCUCCAAACCCCCCCUCAGUCCUCUGUCACCAUGGUGCGGGUGGUUACCAGCGCCCCUCCAAAUGGAUACAGCGCCCCCACUGUCGGAGGAGUAGAGGGCAACAGUGAUCUCAGAGACGCCCAGCUGAACAGAGAGCGAGUGAUCCAGACUGUGGACAGUGUGGUCCAGGGUGGGGAAGGGCGUAACCUGACGCCAGGUUUACAUCAACUUCCUGUUCGCCCCGUCACCCAGAAUGGCAAACACACCACUAGUGCUGUUGCCACAGCGACCAGCCUUGCUAAUGCAUCUGGCCUGAGUAGUCCUCUCCAGAUCUUGGCUGCCCAGGCCUCCAGCUCCCCUCCAGUGCUGGUGAGCAGACAGCCCAGUGCAGAAACUUUAGCUGGACAAGCAGGUGAGCCCCAGGCCAAGCGGCCAAAGAUGGAGGACGAGGGCGGGACGGAAUCUGCUCAGCAUCAAGUCGCACCUGCCCAGCAGCCGGUCAUUGUUGCCAUGACGUCACAAACCCACGACCCUAGGCAGUAAAACCCAGGGCCUCUUACCAGGUACCCAACGGACAGCCUCUUUCUAUCAUCCCCUUAAUGUUUCGCCUUUUAUACUCAUUUGAUAUGACUGUAGCCAACAUGGCCAAAAAGUGUGCAGGCAGUCUCUCAGAAGGGAAUUAAAUCAUCAGGAACAUACAUUUUGGUCAAAAGUAGAUGAAAACUUUCUGAAUUUAAAAGGCAAGUAAAUCUCGAGGAGUUUUUCGGCUGGAGUGUCUUUAUUGUAAUCCACCAUUCACUGACAACACAGGAAAGUAAGGACAUUAAGCUUAUUAAAACCGUUUCUGCACUACUUUUACUAUGUGAAUGUUGGAUGAUAUCUCAGAUACAACCUUUCCUCUCUUUACCUUACUCUCAGGCCAAAGAACUCACCUCUCCUGCACUUCUGAUUAGAGUCACUGCCUGAUUUCAAACCAGGGAACGUGUGUGGAGAGAUUUGAAAAGCUUACAUUCACAGAAGAAGCUGUGAUAAUUAUGUUGUGCAGUGUCACACACUCGUGGACAGAAAGGUAGAGAAGACCUAGCUGCAUAAACCCUGACCAGGUAGAUGAGGACCUGGGAGACUGUUAAGAAUAUGAUUGUACUCUUCAUGAAGCUAUCUUUGGAGAAUAAAGUGAGACAGAAGAAAUCAAACAGGUUGUCUCAGAAAAAGAAAGGACUGAUGUUUAAUAUUAAGGCCAAGACCAGAAUGUGAGACGUCUCUUCUUCUUGCCUUCUCUGUAAUUACGAAAAGAAAAGGCUUCUGAAGAGCAGAUGCAAGGAAAUCCAGGAAUGGCAAACCUGCAGUUUUUUUUUUUUUUUUUGCUUCACUUCAGCUCUGUUUGGUUUAUCAGUGUGAAGCUCCUCAUAUUCAGGACGAUCUGGGCGAUCGGACAGCAGAGUUGGGGCAGAGAAGCGCAACAAAAAAAGAGGCAACUAUUUGGAGUUGAUUGAAGUGGAGCUAACCUAAUGUAGACAAACUGAUUGUUGUUUUAAUUUUUGUUCUUGUUUCAGUAGUGGUAAAAGGAGAAAUGGAACAGCCUGUGCGUACAGUUUUGUUUGUCUUAGCACAGAAAAGCAUUAUUGUAAUAAUCCUUAAAGCCUUAAAUAUUUCUACAUGUUUUUUUUUUUGUUUUUGUCAUUUUAUUUUAACCUUUAGACAGCUUUACCAUUUUAGAUUAACAUAGCGCUUUAACAGUACACAAUCGGCAACACUACAAUGGUGACAGUUAUGUUGCAUCAGUAGACUUGUAUCAGUUUUAUCAGGGGAAGGGCGGGACCAACACAUGACCAUACGAUUUCAUCUGCUCUCAUCGUUUUCUUUCAUUCUGUAAGGUACUUUUCACAUCCUCCCUAUUCUUAGCUCAGCACUCUUUUGCUUUUCACGUUUCCCCCCCCCCCAAUAUGCAUUUACCAUUUUUCCCCACCCCCCUUUUUUCUCCCAGUCUACCUCUCCCCCUCUCUCCGUCUUUGCAGUCUCCACAGAGGCAUCAAGCUGUUGGCAAUUCCUGUCACAGACUCUGCCUUAAUUAGAUAUUCUUUAGCACUUUCUCCCCCGCUCGAUUCUCUCACUCUGCCUUUAGCUUUUCUGAAUGUCCUCACACAGGCCUCGUUUUUUUUAGCUGGCAAUCGGGCACAAGAUUUUCAGUGAUUGUUGUUGCACAUUAUUAGAAAAAAAGAAAAAACAAAAGAAAGAAAAGAAACAAAAAAGAUGCGUAAUGAUUGUAUGCUGCUCUAUCUGCUAAAUGACAAAGCUAUUUAGAAGGUAUUUUUUCUUAUUUUGGAAUAAAAGAAAAAAUAUUUUGCUAUAUGUAAAAACAGCUGUCAUCAAUACGUAAACAUUCUGGAAAUAGAGAAGUAUAUGUAUUUUUAAAUGUUCCUGUUUUUGUGAUUUGUUAAAAUGUGUAGCACAAAUUAAAAUUCCUCAUUGACUUAAA